AUGGUAGACUGUGUUGUGCCCUUGAGGGAGCUGGCUGACUUUACAACCCUCUGCAGCCCCUUGCGAUCCUGUGCAUGGGAACCUCGAGGCAGUGAUGCAACCGAUCAGCGAGUUCUCCACCAAGCACCGAACCAAAGUUCAAAGUGGUUCGCACCUGUCUGUUUCAAAGGACAAUGGGUGAUGAUCAUCAUCACAAGCCUGGGCAGAAGACUCUAUCUGACAUUUCCUGGAGCCUUAUUGUCCUUCGUUCAUCCCUUUGCAGGUGACGGCUGUGGGCACACGGUUAUUGGCCCUGAAAGUGGCACUUUAACUUCCAAGGGCUACCCUGGCACCUACCCGAAUCACACCUCGUGCAGAUGGGAGUUGGAUGUCGGUCUGGGGAAGAGUAUCAUGUUGAUGUUUGGCGACUUGGACAUCGAGAACACAGAGGACUGCUCAUCUAAUUCCGUGCGAAUCUACGCUUUGGCUACCAACGACAGCUAUGGUCCUUACUGUGGAAAAAUGAACAGAGAACUGCCAGAAAUACAACUACCGUCCAGCUCAGUAAUUGUGCAGUUCCAAAGCACCACUCAUCGAACUGGAAGAGGAUUUCUGCUCUCGUACGCUACAACCGACCACUCAGAUAUGAUUUCCUGUUUGGAUAAAGGAAUCCAUUAUUCUCAGCAGUCUUUCACCAAAUAUUGUCCAGCAGGCUGUAAAGGUGUUAGCGGCGAUGUCUGGGGAAACCACCAGGAGGGCUAUCGUGAUACCUCGGUUCUGUGUAAGGCGGCUGUACAUGCAGGAGCAAUAGCAGACGAGCAGGGAGGCCAGGUGUCGGUGACACUGAAGAAAGGCAUCACUCUGUACGAAGCUGCUUCUGCAAAUGGGAUUAUAACCAGGAGGGGUCCCUUGUCUGAGAAACGCAUCAAGAUUAACAAAGAUUGCAGUAAUGCUCUGGACAGCAGGCACUUUACCGCCUCAUCCUUCUGGGCGGAGAGGAACAGCAUUGGAGAGGUGACCUUCUGGUCUCCUGACAAAGCCCGGACCAGCAGUAAAGGACCGCCCUGGGCCUGGGCCGCCAGCUCUCGCAGUAACGAAGAGUGGCUGCAGAUAGACUUGGGAGAACGGAAGAACAUCACAGGAAUUGUGACCAAGGGCAGCACCAACAAUGGAUAUAACUUUUAUGUGAAGACAUACAAGAUUUCCCACAGUAAGGAUGGAGGAAAUUGGAGAGUGUACAGGUGCAAGAACAGCAAGGAAGACAAGAUUUUUCAAGGAAACAUGAACAACCAUCAGCUGGUUCGCAAUAACUUUAUCCCGUCCAUCGUGGCGCGGUACAUUCGCAUCAUUCCGCAGCAGUGGUACGAAAGAGUAGCUCUGAAGGUGGAGGUGCUGGGCUGCAAGCCGUCACAGAAGAGCCGCAAAGCUGCUGCUCCGCGAAGUCCAAGACCUCUGCCAAAGCCAACCGAUGUUCCUGCAGAAAGCAGUACUCCGCCAGGUCUGCCAAUCGUAGAGGAACAUCAGCCAGGUUUAAAUUUGAUUGUGGUACUUAUUUCGGUUAGUUUUCUGGUAAUGAUAUCAACAGCACUCCUAUUACUGUGUCUGUUCUGGAAAAGAAGGAAGUCUGGAAAAAGGAUGCACUGUUCGUCCCUAAAAGUUUGUGAUACAUCAGUGAAAGGGCAGAACUGUCACAGGAGUCAACUGCAGCCAACAGAGUCAGAUAUCAUCACCUUCACCAGUGAGGAGGGAUCAUGCAGGAGCAUCACUGGAAACACCUUAUCAGUAGAGUACGCAGAACCAGACAUUCUUCAGGGUGGAAUUACGGCCCAAAAGGCCUCAUCGACAUUCAAGCCUCCAAGUGACGAUGGUUACACCAUUCCGCUCGUUGUGAGUCAUUACGACGUUCCAUUCUCAUGCAAGAACCACGAAUACGCCGAACCAUUUCUGAACCAGGAACCAGAAUAUGCGACUCCAUUUGUUGAACCAAGUGCAGAGGUAGAAACGUCCUCAAAGAAAAAUGUCUGUAUAGUAAAGGUCAUCCCGCCAGUGCAAGAAACACUUUAAAAGCCCUGGUAUGUCCAGUGCCUUGCAACACUUACCUGACCAUUAAACUGAUCUGUGUCAUGAACUGAACCAUCAACAAGGUGGGCACGAAGCAGCCCAGCCAACUAGGAAAGUCAGAAUGGAAAGCAAGUUACGUCAAAAGAAAGUCGUCAAUGUCUGACGAUUCUGUGGUGCUGGUGUACCAUUAAGCACUAUGACUUGUGAACAAUCGGCAUGCGUAGGUUUUAAAACCUACACCACAUUCCCGAGCAAUGAAGGAAGUUGACAAUACAGCAAUAUUUAUGCAGUCAGGUUUAAAGAACGUGAACUGGGGGUAAACCAUUGUCUCUGGCAGUAGAUCCAGAGCAAGCAGACUGCAUGAUUACACUCAAACCACUGUGAAAGCUUUGAACUUUAUAAAUGCAAUGCUGUCUACAACGAGGAAAGUUUUUACAACCUCUAUUUAAUGUAUUUUUUAAAUAUUAUAUAAAAGCACUUCUUAAAAUAGGAUUGGAUAGUUACAUUGCAUUAAUUGCUAUCCGUAUCUGUUACAGAAUAUUUUUUUUUGCUACCAAAAAACUGCUGGAUUAUCUAAUUGGUAAUUAAAUGAUUUGUAUUAAUAAAAUGCAGUAUCUAAAUUUCUAUGUAACCUUGUUCCAUUGUUCAAAGUGAUAGGAUUUGGAACUCUUAAAGUGUGGAAGUUUUAUUUACUGCCUAUUACGCUGCUGGCGUUUAGGGCAGCAAUGAAGUUCCUCCCUGUCUGUCCUUGGCCACACAAACGUAGGAUUCUUCAUUGCUGUUUCUGUAACGAUUUUGUUUUACCCAUCAAGAUUGUAAGCCCUGAGCUGAACCCCCAAACCUGGAGGACUGGUGAACUGCACUUCGUCUGGUCUCUACCCUUUGACCUGUUUGGCAUGGGUGACCCUACCAAGAGCCAAAGCAUAAACCCCCGACUCCAACCAACAUAAACCUCCAGUUCAUUGAAGCAUGCAAGCCUCCAAACCAUGACAAGGUUGAGGCCCUCUUGCAGGGAAGUCUUGAAUGUACAGCACAGAUUAAAAGCGAGGGCAGAAUACUUGACCUCCUGACCCAUUAGGCAAUUAAUUCUAUACAUUAGGCCACUUUCCCACAGAUCCAUUGAUAACUUAUUGUCUGUAUAUACUGUAUACUAAUUGAUCAUUUACAGCAUUCAAAUAGAGAAUGCUAAACUUUUACAGCCGUCUAUAUUAAGCUAGGAGUACCUGAUCAAGAGGCCACCUAAUAUACAUUUACUUUUAGAAAUUCUUCCAAAAUCGCAUGGUCCUUAUGUCACCUUGGAUAAGAGAAGCUGGACAACCUCCAGUGGGGAAAAGUUUCUUUAUUAUUUAUCCAUUUUCUGGAACAGCUGGCUUGAGACUGACGGAAAUUAAGGUGUCAAGUUUGGGCUUAGAGUGGAAUAGGCUCUUCUGGCCCUUCACACCAAUUGGCCCAGCAAUUGACAAUUUAAUCCCAGCCUAAUCAGGGAACAAUUUGCAAUGACCAAUUAACCUACCAACCAGUAUGUCUUUGGACUGUGGGAGGAAACUGGAGCACCCGGAGGAAAUCCAUGGAGUCACAGGGGAGAAGGUACAAACUCCUCGCAGGCAGCAUUGGGAACCGAACCCAUGUCUCUGGUACUGUAAAGCGCUGUGCCAACCACUAUGCCACCGUGCCACCCUAAUUUAGUUAGGCCUAAACUUCUGACUCCAAGCAUAGGGCUAUGGAAUUGAAUCUUAUCUCGCCCUGGCAUGUCAGUUAGUUCAAAUGUAAUUAGGUACCAACAAUAAGCCAGAAAUGUUUAUUUUUGUAUACUUUUUCCUGCGCUCCAAGGACCACAACCUUGUCGUUGGGUUUGGAGGCUUGCGUGCCUCACUGACCUAGCGAGCUGCAUUGGCUGGAGUCAGAGCUUCAUGCGUUGGCUCUUGGUAGGGUCACCUAUACAAAACAGGUCAAAAGGCAGAGGCGAGACUAAAGUGGAACACCAGUCCUCACAGUUCGGGGGCUCAGCUCAGGGCUGACAACCCUGAUUUGUCGAACAAAAUUGUUACGGAAACAGCAUUGAAGAAUCUGUCUACAUCUGAGUGCAACUGGUAUUCUUGAGUCUCUACCCAGGACUUGCACAACUGACAGUAAGUGAAAAUUAAGCAACUGACUCAAUUAAGGAAGCCCCUGAACGCUGCCAGAGAUGGAGGAACUUCAUUGUUGAUCUAAGCACCAGCAGCUUUAUGGGCAGUAUGUUUUCCUGCAUCCUGCAAGGGCCUUUUCUGUAUAUAAUUGCGAAAGUUAUCUGACAAAAAUUAUCAGAAGUGAACAUAUUUGGAAGCCAACAUUAUUUGAAAUUGUUUAUUACAAAUAUAUAGUUUAUGCAUCAUAUAUUGUA